CCACCCAUGUGAUCUCACAGGCUGCCUCUGCUCCACUCUGCUCCAGUAAGGCUCCUGCCUUUCUGCCGGCUGCAGCUAAUGAGCCUUUGUGUGGCCAAAAGAGAGAAAGAGAAGGAGAGAGCAACACAGUGACAGAGUGGGAGAGAAAGUGAGAAAGACGGUCGUCUUGCAACAAUAAAGCAUAUGGUGCCGACAGUGCAGUCGGAGCUGGAAAAUUACUAGUCUCCCACACACUCCUGCACCCAUCUUUCUCAUGCCUGUGGAGCUCAGGGGGUCGCUGCAAGUCAGUGGAUUGAAACCAAAAUGGGAAUCUCUUCAUUCAUCAUGUUUCACCUCUUUUGAAUAGCCACAUUUGUGAUUGUGAGACUGCACUGCUGUGAGAGGAGGUGAAAGGAGGUGCACACUCUGCCAGUGGAUACAGGUGCAGAUGCGGCGCGCCAUGAACGGAAUACUGAAGAGAAAAUUUGAGGAGGUGGAAGCCUCCUCCUCCCCGGGCUCGUCUGUGCGGGAGUCGGAUGAUGAGGUCUCCUGCAGCGAGAGUGGGGACAGCAGCGACAGUGUCAACCCCUCGGCCACAGCUGAUUCAUUGCUGAAGCACGAGAAGCGCCUGCGGACGAGGAGGGUGCACUUUGAGAACGUGACGGUGUACUACUUCUGCCGGCGGCAGGGCUUCACCAGCGUCCCCAGCCAGGGCGGCAGCACGCUGGGCAUGUCCAACAGGCACAGCUGGGUCAGGCAGUACUCGCUGGGCGAGUUCGCCCUGGAGCAGGAGAGGAUCCACAGAGAUAUGCUCAGAGACCACCUGAAGGAGGAGAAGCUCAACUCCAUCAAACUCAAGCUGACUAAGAACGGCACAGUGGAGUCUGAAGAGGCCAACACUCUCACAGCAGACGAUAUCUCUGAUGAUGAUAUCGAUCUGGACAACACAGAGGUAGACGAGUACUUCUUUUUGCAACCUCUUACCACUAAAAAGCGUCGAGCACUGCUUCGCUCCUCCGGGGUAAAGAAGAUUGACGUGGAGGAGAAACAUGAACUCCGUGCCAUCCGCAUGUCCAGGGAGGACUGCGGCUGCGACUGCAGGGUCUUCUGUGACCCGGAGACCUGUGCCUGCAGCAUUGCUGGGAUCAAGUGUCAGGUGGAUCGUAUGUCGUUUCCCUGUGGAUGUACGAAAGAGGGUUGCAGCAAUUCUGCUGGGAGAGUGGAGUUUAAUCCCAUCCGUGUGCGAACUCAUUUCCUCCACACCAUCAUGAAGCUGGAGCUGGAGAAGAGUCGCGAGCAGCAGCAGACGUCCGGCACCAACGGUUAUCUCGGCGAGCCCAACGACCUGGGAGGCGGAACCCUUUUCGCCGCGCCGCAGCACCGGCUGGAAUACUCCAUAACGGAUGCCGUCCCGCAGACGGCCGGCAUGCACCUGCAGCCCGCGGACGAGAUGGACGAGCCGCUGGAUGAAGACGAGGAGGAAGAUGAAGAAAACGAGGAGGAGGAAGAGGAGAAUGAGGAAGAUGAGGAAGACGAGGAAGAUAGUAGCAGCGUUUGCAGCGGGCUGUCUGACUCCAGCACGCAGAGCUUGGCUAACUCCGACUCUGAGGACGAGGAGGGCGAGGACGAGGACGAGGAGAAGUCUGAGAGCUUCGAGGACGACGCUGCGACGGCCCCGGCUGUUUCUCACACUGAAGUGGUGCCCCUGACGCCCGUGGCGUGCUUCAGCGACGCCUCCGUGGCACUUGAUAACCACAUCAAUGGAAACACUUACUUAAUGAACUCCUCCCCAGCCGAGUACUAUCAGCUGGGGAGCGCCAGCGCCGGCUCUAACGGCCAAUCCAGCCAAACCUGUGAACCUUACGGAGAUUCCUUGGCAUUCCCGGGACCGGUGGGUACGAGCAACAGCAGCGUGGGCCCGGGACCGUUCCCCAUGACUGCAGAGCAGUACACGGACUACUCCAGUCAGGCCGAGGACCAGUACGCAGCCAGUCACUUUACUCUGACCGGCGGCGCUCCUGCCACGCCUUCGCCCCGCUAUGCGCCGGACCAGAAGAACAAGCUAUCGGCCACAGCAACAUUCGCAGAGCAGCCAGAGAACCAGAACCAGGCGCAGUUUCAAAACUACCUGAACAAUAACAGUCAGGGUUCAUACAGCAGUCGCAGCUCGUGCGUGACGGCCGAGCAACCUCUGCAGGACUCGAGUAAUAACGGACAUUCUGACCUGACCUUACUAGCAAACAAUACUAAGAAUCUCCCUUUACCAGACCAUUGCCCCGAGGUCACAGCCAUUUAAAGGGCCAGACCCCUUGAAUUGUUCUUUCAUUGCUAUGUCUGCUUCUAUGGGGCACGAGCGCCACCCCUUUUUUUUUCGUUUCCUGCCCCAAAAUCUGAAAGCAGUUUACAGCACCACAGAACAUUUUCAUCUGUAACUAUAAAGCCAUAGGUUGUGACGGAAGCUGUCUGGAACUCUUUGCUGUUGCAGGUUUUUCCACAGUGCUUGUACUGAACUGUAAGGUGCAGUAGAACAGGGGAGGGGGGGAAAAAAAAACCCAACAAAACAUCAAAAUACAAUUUAUGUCAUGCCGUGCAAUGUAUCCCGUAAAGUUCUAGCUUCAAUCUGAUUGUACUGUAGAUGGAACUUUUCUGUCUGCUGUAUGUGUCAAAUGUGCGAGAAAAUGUUUAUUGUCAGUUUCUUUAUUCUUGCUGAUUUAUGUGUAUACGUAUAUAUUGUACAUGUUUUGAUAAAACAAAAAAAAUGCAUGCUGUUUGGCCAUUCUCUGUGAUAUUUGGGAGAGGAAAUUGCCAUUGUUUUAUAUAAAGAAACAUGCUGUAUAAUGUAUAUUUCUGCUCUUCUUUUGUGUCAUGAUUUGAUGCUUUUCUGUGGUUUUGAAAAGCAUGAAAAAGCUUGAAUACAUUGAAAUACAGUAUGAACAUGUUUGUUCGUAUUGCACUUAGAGUAUGUACAGGCGUCCAGUGGCGUACAGUUUUCUUUUUGUUUUUUUCACACUUGGAAUCACAAACUUACCAGGUUUCACUACAAAGAAAUAUUACCUUUAUGAAGCAUUUCAUAGAAACAAGAAUAAUACUAAUAAAGUAGUAAUUUGACAAAUUUUUAAAUUGUACAAUAAGCCAUAUGAUACAUCAAACAACAGAAUUUUGUUUAGCAACGAAUGGAUCAAUUUUUACCUUAUCCAGUUCAGCUACAUUGUACUAUCUGAAAAAACUAAGAUGUUUAUUUACGUGGGACCAAUUAGGAUAUUGAUUGUUCUACUGAAGUGCAAUAGAUGCGAGCAGGCUUUUCUUUCUUGAGAAAGUCUUAAAUAUAAUGGACUGAGCCUUUACUGAGCAACUCUGUACUUGAUAUUUGUCUCUAAUGCACUACUGGUUUCAUUUCAAAACAAAUACUACAGUUUUAGCAAUUGUGUAUGGAGUAAUCGAAUGUUCACAAUUGACAAUCAAAGAUCUUUUUCAAAACGUGAUUCUACUUAUUUACUCUUUUAGCAGUUAGAAAAAUAGAUAUCAGUCCUGAUUCCUGUCAGCCAUAAAAAAAAUUACUUAACAAGCAGAUAUGAAAAAAGAGAAAAAUAAUCACCUACCAAAAAUGUGUCAAUAACCUUUAAAUGUAUAUUUAUAAAUGUACUGACAGCAAGGAGACUGCUCACCAUACGGUGGAAGGUAAUUUUUUGAGAUGGUAACUGAACUUAGUUACUGUAUGGAUUAUUAUUUUUUGUUUUUAUGUGCAUGAAUGCAGGCAUCUGACCCUCUUUCAAGCUUGCAGAUACAUUCUUUGUCCUCAGAGGGUCUCAGUGCUACAGCUUCGGUGGUUCUGUGUUUGUCGAGCAGCCGGAAACUCCAAAGUCACUUUUUGUGGUUCAGAGCAAGUGAACCAAAACCGUUUUCAGGCAAUCAGCUGCAUCCACAUAGCCUAUAGUGCAUAUAAACUGUGCCAAAGCAUAUAGUGUGAGAAGGCCAGAACGACAUUUCAUCCAGUUAGGAAUCCUGUGUUUGAAUUUGAUUUCUAUUUUUCUGUAUUUAUUAUGAAUGAUAUAUUAAAAUGUGUAUUUAUUGUGGUUUAUUAAA